AUGCUUUACCUUGAAGGUCGAGCUCUCUUCACAGCCAUCACAUCCAUAACCUGUCUCGGAUUCCUCCUCAUCGGAUACGACAAUGGAUUAAUGGGAGGACUCGUCAAUUCCACCGGAUUCAAAAACACCUUCGAAAACCCCUCACCCACCAUCACCGGCCUCAUCGUCGCCAUAUAUGAAAUAGGAUGUUUCCUCGGAAGCAUCGCUACAUCCAUCUUCGGAGAAGACAUAGGAAGGAAGAAAUCCAUCGAGAUAGGAGUACUAAUUAUGAUUACGGGUGCAUUGCUACAAGCAACCGCCUACUCAAGAACGCAUAUCAUCAUUGCGCGAGUAAUAUCUGGAAUCGGAAUGGGCUUUAUUAAUAGCACGGUUCCAGUAUUCCAAGCAGAGUUCAGUCCGAAAGCUACAAGAGGUUUAUAUGUCUGCAUGCAACUCUCGACUCUAAAUUUCGGUAUAUUUCUAGCAUAUUGGAUCGAUUACGCCUUCACCCAAUCAUUCAACACAUCAAUUUCCUGGAGAAUCCCCACAAUACUACAAUGUAUAUUCCUCCUCCCCAUGCUAAUACUCCUUUCCAUCGUCCCAGAAUCUCCGCGCUGGCUCGCUGCUCACUCGAGACCCGACGAAUCACUAACGGUCCUCACACGAUUACAUACUCACCACAUGUCCCCCGACGACAUAUAUUCCCUCCACACCACCAUCACGCAAGCCUGCGCCUACGAAACCUCACUAGCUACUGGCUCCCGCACCUGGAGCACCCUCUUCCGCCCCGACGCCCUCCACUCCCCCCGCCGAUUCCUCCUCGCCUGCGCCAUCCAAUCUUUCCAACAGCUUAGCGGCAUCAACGCACUAAUUUACUAUUCCCCCACCCUCUUCUCCACCUCUCUAAAUUUUUCUCCCCGACUCAGCGCACUCAUGUCCGGAUUCCUACAGACGUGGUUUUUCCUCGCGAGUUUUAUUCCCUGGUUACUCAUCGAUCGGAUCGGUCGUCGUCCGCUGCUUUUAUCGAUGAUUUCCCUUAUGGCGGCUGUUAUGUUGGUUCAGACGGGUUUGAUCUAUAAUGUGCAGUAUAAGACGCCGAUUGCGAAGGCGUGUGGGGUGGGGGCUGCGGUUAUGCUUUUUGUUUUUGAGGGGGCGUUCACGGUGGGGUUUCAGGCUACGGAUAUCGAUAAGCUCUUCACAAGUAACGAACUCUUCACGAGUAACAGCUUCUUUAUACGAAGAAACAGAAACAGAGAAAGAAACGACGAAGAAAUCCAUCCAGAAAUCUCUCCAGAAAUCCCUCCAGAAGCCCCUAUAAACGUGAGUGGUAGCGAAAAUACACCCAACUCGAAGCAAUUCCAAGACGACAUAUGCAUUGCACAGCCGUGA